AUGGCGUCGAUGAGUCACUCCGGUUCCAACUAUGGAGCCCAGGUGGGAAUCAAUUAUGGCACAUUCACGGCAGACUUCCACCUGCCUCCGGGCUACGACCGGGAGUUAUCUGCCAGCCUCGGGGUUCCGUGGGUUAAUGCCAGCGUCGCAGCAUUAAACGAUGAAUCUUCGUCGCAACAGUUACACGUCUCGUUCACCCAUCGCGAGCUUCCGCCUACCGUUAUCACUGCGCUGGGAUUGUAUAACAACAGCGCAUACACGGAAGCGAAUCAUGUGAAUGGUACCAUGCCCGAGAACAGAAUCACCUAUAAUCGCGCCCGGAAAAGUUGUGAGAUUCUCCAUUCCUCACGAAUAUCAGUAUUGAGAAAAUGUCGUGCGAGUGUGAUGGAUUUGAUGAAGGAGAUUACUAUCGGAAUCUUGAACAAUGCUGGUCCUCAGCCGUUGGUUAACCGUCAGGAUGGACCUGGGGGAGCUGUACAAAGGAACGGUUCCAUGACUUUGUGA